UCAAGUUUUCCAAAAAAAAAAAAAAAGCACUCUUCAAGUUUUUCCUGAAUCUAAAUUCAGUAUGUUGUAGCCAUUAUUAUUACUUUCUCUCUAUCUUAUUCUCCAUGGCUAAUGACGCAGCUCUAAGGACCUCAUUGGUGUGGUUGGCUGUGGUUAUGGUGGUAGUAGGGAUAUGGACACUUUCUUUCAAGAAAGUGAUUGUAACUUAUGUAUUGGGUGUGCUCGGGAUUGCUGGAGUGCUUUUACCUGAUUGGGAUUAUUUUGAUAGAGAUUACUCCAGGUGGUUUUCUUUUGUUAGUGAACAAGAUAAGCUGGCUCUUGCUCUAAGAUCUGGCUUCAGGCUUUGGAUUUCUCCUCUCAGAUUGGUUGUUUACACCGCCGUUUAUGGUUAUGCUUUGUACAGGUGGUGGUUGUUCAUAUCAGAGUGAAGGGCUUUGGAUAAGCUCGCACAAGGGGUUUGAGGGCUAGUUUCAAAUGAAAAUUUGUACAAGCGAGAAUUUUGUGUUUUGCAGAAUCCACGUAUGAUUAUGUUAUGUAUUUUAGAUUUACUUCGUGGAAAUGUGAUUAAUGGCCACACUGUAUUAUGUAAUUUUAUUAGAUAGACAUAUAGUGAUUAAUAUAUUAUAUAUGUUUAGAGUUAUUAUUUUCACUAA